AUGGUUGUUGAACACCCAAACCGUCAACCAAAACGUAUUGUCGUCCUUUGUGAUGGAACUUGGCAAGCACGUGAAAGCGUUGUGAAACCUUUGCAUCUGGACAACUACAUCACACCCGUUUGGAAUCAACUUUGGUUCACAAAUGUAGCCUUGUUGGGUCAAUGCAUCAAGCCAUACGCAGUCACGCCUUCUGGAGAGACGAUUGAGCAAGUUGUGUUUUAUCAAGAAGGAAUUGGUGCUUCGAACUACCUCUUUGUCAAAGGUAUCGAAGGUGCAUUCGGCAUCUCUUUGCGAGACAAAGUCCGUGAAGCAUACAAUUUCAUUUCGGACAAUUACUCCAAAGGUGAUCAAAUUUACUUGUUUGGUUUUUCACGUGGUGCCUAUGUUGCACGUACGGUUGCCUCUUUGAUCAACUAUAUCGGCAUUCUUACUCGUGAUGAAUGUGCAAUCUCUCUUACCACUUUGGUCGAAGCCUUCUUUCUUCGUGAUCCAUCUUUACCCAGAACGAUUGAAAGAGCAGAAGAAACUGUUUUUAAAGCAUUAGGUCGAUGGCCAUGUAGAAAUGCAAUGAUUAGUGCGCGCACAAAAGAGAAGCGCGCCAAAUCACGAGUAGGCGGACCAAAAGAAUGGCUCGUACGUUUAUUCGCAGAAGACUUCCAUCCCAAUGCUUUGCAAGAAGUCAAAUGUCGUCAUCCUGUUGUUGAUGAUGUUCCCAUCGAAGUCGUGGGCGUUUGGGACACUGUGGGCGCUUAUGGUGUACCAGGUACGUUUGGAAACCAGAACGAAAGACAAUAUUAUAGCUUUUUCGAUCCAAUGCUCGCCCCAAACAUUCGCCAUGCAUAUCACGCUCUCUCUUUGGGAGAAGACCGUGAAGACUUUACGCCGACUGUAUGGUAUGUACCCGAACAAGAAGAAAAAGAAGAUGAAGAGAUGCGCAAAGGUCAACAUCUGCAACAAAUGUGGUUCCAAGGUACCCAUUCGGAUGUUGGCGGUGGUCAUUCAUGGCAUGGAUUAAGUGAUAUCGCCUUGGCCUGGAUGAUUUCAAAGAUGGUCGAUGUCGAUCCUAAACGAGACCCAAUUCCACUUCUUGAUAUUGAUAUCGAGGCUGCGAAAAAAUUGCGCGAUGUCCGCUUACCAUGGGCAAUGCAACCUCAACACCGUGAACGUCCUCCGAUCAUGUUCCAGUUGACUCGUCAUGUUCGUGAAUGGAAUUUACCGAAGAAUAUUGUUUGGGGCGGAUCCGUGAACAAAGAAUCGACCCGCGAGCACAUCCAUCACAGUGUCGUAGUGGGCGGUCAAUAUGAUCCUUUCAAGUCAUCCCAAUUUGAAAGUUUGAUGAAGACUCGUCCGUCCAAGCUCAAGAAUAUGUGGACCGAAGCUUCUAAUGAGGAAAAUCUUGGCCUAGCCGAGAAGGCUUUGCGCUGGGAAGAUACAGAAAGCUAUCAAGCUCGUGUCGAUCCAGAACACAGCAAGCUUUUCGCUCGUCUCAAGGAUAAUCGUUUGCAAUUUCCACUCAAUGAUCCACAAAGUCAACCAUCUCGUCCUCCUUUCAUUCCCAAGUUCUCUUGGCACUUUUUUGUUUUCCUUGCAUACUUGCCCGCGGUCAUCUUUGCCAACUUGCUCAACUUUCGAGUCAUUUUCCGCACACGUCAUCUUAUUCCAAGAGACAACCUCUUCCCACCGCUUGUGCUCGUCUUUUUGAAACGAUUCGACACGAAUUACGAACGUGCCAACGAGAAGAAGUAUGAACAUCAAAUUCUUAACAUUCCUAAAGAUGACAAAGAAGGAACAACGAAGCGCAAAGCAAUCAUGAAUGUUCCUGAACAAGUCCCAAAGCGACAUGCUACUCCCUUGAAGCAAAAACCCGAUCAAGUGGCAUACACCCCCUUGGAGCAAAUUCCAAUUCAAUAGUGGUAGUCGAAUCAAGUGC